AAUGAUUGAAGCAUCUUUAGUGAUUCUCUUUGUAAUUUCUACUUUAAUUGGUUUAUUGGCAUCAUAUGGAGGCUUUACCCGUUUUGUUUUUAUUUUCUACUUAAAAAUGGUUGUAUUCCAUUUGAGUAUUUUAUUGGCUGCUUUUUGUGCUUUGUUUGGUACUUUGAUUACUUAUUUUUAUAAUGAGGGCUGUAUUAUCGCCAUGAACUCUUUCAAUUUUAUCUGCUCGUUUUGGUUGGAUAUUGAUUUUGAAAUUCGAGGACUUGAAAAAAUUGAAGAGGCGAGUGGACCCGAAAAUAAGCCUGUUGUUCUUAUUUCUAAUCAUCAGAGCUCUUUGGAUCUGUUCACCUUGUCAAAAAUGUGGCCUUCAAAAACUACAAUAAUGAUGAAAAGUUCGUUAAAAUAUGUGCCUAUUUUUAAUAUUGGAGCUAUUUUGUCUAAUUCAAUUUUUGUUGAUCGAAAUAAUAAAAAUAAUGCAAAAGAAGCAUUAAAUGAUGCGAUAAUAAAAAUGAAGGAUAAAAAAUUAAAAGUUUGGGUCUUCCCAGAAGGUACUCGACAUCAUCAACAUGGACUUUUACCGUUCAAAAAAGGAGCAUUUAAUAUUGCUGUUCAAGCACAAUUUCCAAUUAUUCCAAUUGUUAUAUCUGAUUAUACUCCAUUUUAUUCUAAAAAGGAAAAAUAUUUUUAUUCUGGAGGGAAAGUAAUUAUACAAGUUUUGGAUCCGGUGUCGACACAAGGGCUUGAAUAUAACGAUGUUUGUCAACUUUGUGAAAAUGUUCAACAAAAAAUGGGCCAAGUAUAUGAAAAAAUAAGUGAAGAGGUUGCAAAUAAAAUGAAGACAAAACCUGUUGGUGUUAAUGAGAGGGAUUCUUCUUAUGAAAAAAUUAAAGUUGGUUAA